UCGCUAACGGAGGAACUCUCUCCAACAUGGCUGCUGCUAUACAGUGAGUAUAGGAGUGCAUUCGAGAGAAAGACAUAAUUAAGGAAAUAUAUCAAUAAAGACCUCGAAAGUACAAGACCUUUAAAUGAAGAGGCUCCCUGUGCUGCACCUGAGCCACGAUUAAUCCUCCAAAAGGUAACCAAUAAUCCUGCGGCUCCCUGCUGGUCCCUGCAGGUGUGGCCCCCUGUCACACUGGCAGAGGAGGCAGGGCAGGAGGUGUUGCCAGGCGGAGGACCGAGGCCGCACUGCCCGCCUCCCUCUCCGUCUUCCUCCAUUGCCAACCCGAGCCACUUUGCCCGCAGCCUCCACUGGCAGCGGGCUCAGAGGGAUCCGCACGCGUGGCCUCCGAAUUUGGACAUCACGGAGCGGCUCCCGCGGGGCUCCGCCAGGUGCCGUUGGCUGGUUAAGGAGCAGAGCAUGUUGAGUGGCUGCGGAUGCCAUGGAGCUGCAGGAUAAGAAGCGGGAGGAGGAAGCGGCGACUCUGGGCCUGUCCACUGGGCAGGCUCUGGCCAAGCUGCGGGACCAGCUCAGCAGCCUGCUGGAGCACCAUCAAAGGCCUCAGUGCAGACAACCCUCCGGACAGGAACGGUGGGUGAAUAGCUUUCUUUACCAUGGCAACCGUCACUCCUGUCUCCAUUGGCCGGGAGCUGCCUUCACUCUGCUGGCGGUGCUGGGUCUCCUCUGUUGCCACGGUAGCCAGCCAAGGGGCAGCUCUGGCAUCGAGCUGCUGAACGCUGCUGCCCUCCUCCUCCUCUUCCUGCUCAACUUGCUGCUGGUCGGACGUCAGGAGCGGCUGAAGAGCAGCGAGAUGGUCCGCCGCCUCAAAGGCAUCAUCGCACAGCUCAGCAACUACCUGUCGGGCUGCAUGGGCGACGUGCGCUGGUCUUCAUCCCUGUACCCGGAUCUCCACACACCCACGUCCACAUCGUGGUCCCUUCACUGGACCUACCGGGACUCCCAGCUGGUGAACCUUCCCGUCAGUCUGCUGGUGGAAGGGGACGUCAUCGCUCUGAGACCAGGCCAAGAGGCAUUUGCUUCCCUCAGAGGUAUCAAGGAUGAUGAGCACAUUGUGUUGGAGCCAGGAGAUUUAUUCCCCCCAUUCUCCCUUCAUCCUUCCCCACGGGCCGACGAGAAGAGAGGACCACAGAGCCCCCAGCAACACCGGCUCUUCAGAGUGGUGCGGACUCCAGUGCUGGAUGUAGUCAGGAACAGUUUGGAGAAGGCGCUGGCUCGACCGAUCACCGUGUUGGACAACGAGCGGUUCACGGUGCAGCUGGUUAUUACCAAGUUGGUCUGUCCCGUUGUUCUGGGGGCAUUCCUAGUCGUGAACACUGUUCGGUAUUUCUGUGACGCUCCGAGCCUCACCCCCACCUGCUACAAUUUCUUUCAACUUCAGCUGAUGGGUGUUCUGCCCAUCUUGCCUCUGCUCUUCCCUGUCAUGUGGGUGCUGCUAAACGCCUUCGGAGAAGCCAGGGUCCUCGCCGAGUUCAGCCACGCAUCGCCAGCUGGUCUGCUUGCUAAGUUCUCUGAGGAUACUCUAAGCAGCUACACCGAAGUGGUUUCUUCCCAGGAGUUGUUGCGUUGUGUGUGGAGACACAUGGUUGGCGUCCUGAAGGGAGAGUCUCAGACGCUCUGUUACACUUCCAGCCUUCUACACACUCUGGGAUCCGUCACUGUGCUGUGUUGUGUGGACAAGCAGGGCGUCCUGUCCUGGCCUAACCCCAGUCCAGAGACCGUGCUGUUCUUCAGUGGACGAGUGGAGCCGCCUCACCACAGCCAGGACGAUCUCAGGGACGACCUGUCUGUCAGCUCCGACUGCCGGAUGGAGACAGAUGAUGAUAGGGAUGAGGCUCAGGAGGCGGAGGCUCUGCUCUGUCUGCCAGCAGAGUCCUCCGCCCAGCUGGGGGAGGGCCCCGAGCCCAGCGAGACGUCCCACGACACCAACCGCUCGACCGACACCGCCCGGCUGCAACGGCGAUCCGGCUAUUCGGCGCACACUCGCACCAAACACCACUCGGGGUCCAACGUGAGCUUCAGCCACAACACGGAGGGAGGCGAGGAUGACCAGGCCCAGGACUACGGGAUGGGCUGCCCAGAGGCAGAGGCGGACGACUUUGUGUGCGACUACCACCUGGAGAUGCUGAGUCUGUCGCAGGACCAGCAGAACCCGGCUAGCAUCCAGUUCGACGACCUCUCCUGGCAGUGCCACCUGCCGUCCCUGAAGCCGCUGGGCCUGAACAUCAUGCUGAACCUCUGCAACGCCAGCGUCACGCAGCAGCUCUGCCGCUUCUCCGACCACCUGUCCAACCUGGCCCUGCAGGAGAGCCACGGCACGGUGCUGCCCGUCUACGUGCCUUGGGGCCUCUGCGAGCUCUCCAGGCUCAUAGGGUUCACUCCUGGUGCGAGGGAGCUGUUUAAGCAGGAGAACCACUUGGCUUUGUACCAGCUGCCAUCAGGAGAGAAGACCAAGGAGUUCACUUCGCGCCACCAUCAUUACUUCACCAAACGUCAGCCUCCCCUCUCCCAUCUGAUCUCCCUGUUUGUACGAGACGCUUUCUCCACAGAUAACGUCCAGAUGCUGUCGCAUGGCUCGGCCGACCUCAUCUUGGAGGCCUGCACCGACUUUUGGGAUGGCACAGAUAUCUAUCCCCUGUCAGGCUCCGAUAGAAAGAAGGUUCUGGACUUCUACCAGCGAGCCUGUCUGUCCGGUUACUGCUCUGCGUUUGCCUACAAACCCAUGCAGGUCUCCAUGUCGAGCCAACUGGACGGGAAGUGUGUGGAGCUGGUCCCUGGUCCCACCCUCUUCUCCGGGGUGGAGCUGCCCUCCACCACCCCCAUCAAAAACAACUCCUGCAGGAACAGCUGGAGCUCCGACGAGGGUAUAGGGGAGGGCGUGGAGCGCGAUGACUGUGUUCAGGCCCUCAGUGGGCAGAUCUUCAUGGGCAUGGUAUCGUCGCAGUUCCAGGCGAGGCUGGACACGGUCCGGCUCAUCGAUGCCCUCGUCACAGCGUGUAUCCGGUUUGUUUACUUCUCCAUUGAGGAUGAGCUCCGCAGCAAGGUCUUUGCAGAGAAGAUGGGUUUGGAGACAGGCUGGAACUGUCACAUCUCUUUGACUCCAAAUGGAGAAAGUCCCUGUGACGGAGCCCAGACCAGCCCCGGACAUGUCUCCCUGCAUGGACUCCUGAACCAAGAUUCCCGGGACGAAGCGGAGGGCCCGCUCCUGGCGGAGGAAGAAGGCCACUCUGACCUGGCCGGUUUCCAACCCACAGACAGCGAUGUUCCCAGCUUCCUGGAGGACUGCAACAGGGCUAAGCUACCUCGUGGCAUCCACCAAGUUCGUCCCCAUCUGAAGAACAUUGAUAAUGUGCCUCUUUUGGUACCGCUCUUCACAGACUGCACCCCUGACACCAUGUGUGAGAUGAUUGAAAUCAUGCAGGAGAACAGGGAAGUAACGUGUUGCCUGGGAAGCUCCGCCAAUUUCCGCAACAGCCGCCUGUUUCUACAGAGUGACCUCAGCAUCGCUCUGGACCCUCUGUACCCCUCUCAGUGUUCGUGGGAGACAUUCGGCUAUGCCACUGGGGGAGGAUUUUGCGACAGGGACGCUGAAGGGCUGUCUCCUCUGAGGCUCUCUGGACAACUCAACACCCUGGGCUGCUCUGCCACCUUCCACCAAGGGGAGAGUGUCAGCAUGGUGAAGCUCAUCGAGCAGGCACGACACACGACCUACGGCAUCCGCAAGUCCUUCCUCUUCCUGCUGCAGUGUCAGCUCAGCCUGGUCAUCAUCCAGUUCUUAGCCUGUCUUGCUCAGCUUCCUCCUCCCAUGAACACCACUGACAUACUCUGGCUGUCCUGCUUCAGCUGCCCACUGCUAAGUGUGUCGUUUUUGGGGAAGCCGCCCGACAGCUUGGCCAUGACAGUUGCCACAGGAAAGAACCUAGAUGCAAUCCCAAGGAAGACCCAGAACUACUUCCUUGGCUGUUUCCUGUUGAAGUUCGGCUUGUCGGUGUGUGCAUACCUGUUGGCCUUUGGCUUCACCCUGCAGGAGGUCUGCUUCAGAAGCAGCAACUCCAGCUUAGCUGACAACACCACUCAUGUACAUGUACUCACAGCCAGCUCUUCACUGGACGCUCCUCACUGGUUUGGCGAGCUGUCGAAUGGCCUGCUGUUGACUCAAAAGGUCAUGGCAGGAUUCCUCGUCUUACACACAGUGGCGAUCUCCCUCAGCUACGUCCACCGCUCUCAACCUCUGUGGAGAAAGAAUCCCUUUAGCAACACCUGGUGGUGUAUCACUGUACCUGUGGUUCUGCUCAGCCAAGUUGUCCAGGCCACAGUGGACUACCAGUUAUGGCGCGACCAAGGCAGCCUCCUGACCUUUAACCUUGUUGACAUCCCCCUGCUGGCCUGGCUGCUGGCCUCUCUGUCCCCGCUGCUGGUGGUGGUGGUCAACGAGGUGGUGAAGCUGCAUGAGAUACGGGUGAGAGUUCGCUACCAGAAGAGACAGAAGCUGCAGUUUGAAACAAAAUUGGGGAUGAAUUCUCCAUUCUGAUGCAUUCCCUCAGAGGUAGUUGGUGUUGUGGCAACACUGGGAGACGUAAGUUCUGGAAACCAAGGAAAGGAAGAAUGCACAUACUGCAAAACUGUACAUUAACACUUCAGCACCAACGGCGGGGGCUUUGUGAUGUAGCUGUUUCCCGCUCAUGGGUCUGUUCUCUUAAAACCGUGGGCAGGGAAACUCCCCAAAGCAUUUGUUUCCAUUUAACAAAAAAUGACAAAAAAGAGCCAAAAAUAGGCAACUAUUUAUUGUCUGGUUUUAGUUUAGUUUUAACAGCAUGAGGAAUGUUUUCUGAAAAGGUUAUAUUGCUUUCUAGCCAUCACGUCUGUUCUCCUCUUGUGAGAGACUGUGCAUGGUUGCUGUCUGACCCCAAACAAAGGAUGUUAGUGAAGAAAAAGGAGACUCCCAUUGAAAGAUGUCCUAUCGUCAUUCACAGGAAAAACUACUGAAACUGAAAAAGGAACUGAAGUGUUCAAUAUUAAAUAAACUGUUUCUUUAGGAAAUAGAUAAGAAAAUUGUUUUUUAAUUAUCUUUUUAAUUUUAAUUAUAUUUAAGUGUUUUUUUUUAUCCCACACUGGACUUCGGCAUCAGCAAGUUGCCUCUUAAACUCGCAAAUUCAACACCAGCAGCACAUGUAGCGCGUCUUGUUAGGUAGAACAAGAAUAUUGGAAAUGAUUCAGAAAAAGCCGUUAAGCCACUGCUGUAAAUAACGAACACGCAAAAGCUAGACAUGCUACUUAAAGCCAACUAAUUUGGCUAACUAGCCAGUUUUGGUUUUGGGCUUUAAUGUUAAGCAUCAAGGUAAAGAGACAGCGUUAGCAGCAGCAGCUAACGGCAGCUAGCUGAUUCUUAGUUGCUUCUUCUUAGUUAUUCAAUCUCAAACAGGAACUAGCGAACACGCUUACUGACUAAUAAACUCAGCUCAAAAAUGGUAUUUAGAGUAACCUCUUUAGUUUAGUGUAUGUUCAGUUACAUUUAUUCACCAUUACUGUACUUUGACAUUGUUGUCGUUCGAGCUAACGGUUGUGCUCUGGCUAGUUUAGGAGGCAGGAGUUGAGUGAAUGUGAGAUGGCAGUGACCACCACUGACAUGAAAAGUGUCCAAAUACAAUAUAUAACAAGAAUGGGUGGGGGUUCCCUUAUUGAGUACAGUAGACUUUUUAAUACGGCUAUUUUUGUAAUUAAAUACAAAUUACUUCUUUGAAGAAAACAAUAGAAAACAUUAUUUUUUGUAUUCGUAAUAAUGAAAUUGUUGGUUGAUCUUUACAUUUAAACCACUUAUUCCUGUGGUUAUUUAUGUCAUCCCAUCAUUUCUAUUAAUUUAAUAUUGCACACUUCGGGGCUCCAUAUGUAACAGGGUGUUGGUUUGCUCGCUAUUUACAGAAUAUGGUCUGACACUAUGUCUAACAAAUGUGAUAAAGAAACUUUACUGAGGUUACUUUCAUUCAGCCAGCGAGCCAAAUUACAAUCUGUUAGAUAUCUACAUAUAAAUAUAGGUUUAUCUAACUGAAAAAUGUGCCAGCAUGCUGCUAUGAAGCCACGUCGAGAACUGUGCCGCGAUCUCAGCAAGUCCCUCCAAAAAGGAUGGUUUUACUGAAUAUACAACGAUGUUCAUUGUGGUAUGCUAACAUAGCAGAGUUCUCUAAAAGGUGCUUUGUAUUAUUCAGCUGCCUUUCUUCAGCCUGCCUGGCUGUUUAAACUCUCAACAAUUUGACAGACAGGAGUUUAGGAUACUAUUUCUUUAAGUACAGAAAAUUGAAGAGAUUUUCCAACGAUAACCCCAUAUCUCAUAUUUGAUCUGCUGACCAUGAGAUUCCGUAUACUCCGAUUCCUUUCCUGGUCCCAAGUGUCCCCAUUAAUCUAUUGUGUUCAGGCCCUUCACUUCGUACAGGUCCUGUAAUGUACAGCAGCAGACGUCUGUAUCACUGAUGGUCUAUUUCAAUCAGACCAGCCUUCUUCGUGGUGCUGUCAUCAUUUCAAAUGGACGUGAUUUUUGAUAUAUACAGUAUACAAGUGGGUGAUGGCAUGAAUUGGUAAUUAUUUUACAACUAAAUGACAUGCUUUUAUGCCACUCAUAACUGUCUUUAUACGAAUAUUAUGCAAUGAAAGUCGUUUUUGUCAGUGACUGAUUAACUGCUUGGGAGUAAGAGAAAUUGGCCAAUGAUUUUUCGGAAAGUGUCUAGAAUCCCGAUGUUCAUAUACUGAUUUUGUGAUAUAAAAGGACGUAUACUGUAAUGCUAAAUCCCGCCCUCAUACGCAAGCUGUCCAAUCGAGGUGGAGCAUUGUGCAGGUCCGACCAGGGUCUGACUGCUAUCCAGCUGUGCUUCACAUACUUUUGUGCAGUCGUUUCAUAUUUGGUUCUGGGGAUUUGAAGCAAUUAUUGGCUGCAUCCAUCAAACACAUACUAGACUUUUCUGUCGGCUUCAAAUCCCGUUAUUGUUUUGCCAAACAUUAGAUAAAAGUUCUGCAGGGUGUGCCGUUAACGACCUUGUGGGCUCAAAGGUUAAUCUAACAGCCGAACGGACUGGAAACAGGGGUGGGGCUUAUUGAAGGUUCAGUUGUGGUCAGCAUUUUAUCAAUAUAGCUUACCCCUAUUCUAAAUAUAUUUUCAGUCGUUCAAAUGUGCACAAACUGAGCAUCACAGUAGACCUGUAGGUAUGUUGGUUGGUUAUUGGGCCUCAAUAUGAUGAUCAUACUAUCCUGACUUCGUCACUGCUCCAACCCCCUUUUUUUUAUUGUGUUUGUUUGUGUGCGCACGUGUUUUACUUAAUACAUUGCUAAAACCGCUCUUUUAAGAUCCACACUUAAAGUGUAUGUCAAACGGUUCAAGUAAAACAAGUGCAAAAACGCAGUUGUGUUUUUCUGGCACUACUCACAAUCACUUUCUGACUCGACGGUAUUGUAUUGGCCCUACUUCAUGUUUUUAUGUCCUGACACACAUAUGGACAAUGCUGCAUGAGUAAGAACCAGUGAAUGCUCUGUCUCGAACGACACACACGUUGUCUGUAGUUCUACUGUUUAUUUCACAACACAAACGGACUGUGUCGAACAUGACAUCCAUGCUGCUCGUUGCCAAGCCUCUGGUGCAACCUGCAGAGUUGAUGCUCUGCAUUUUGAUGACCUCAUCUGCCACAUCUGUCACUUGUAGGGCGGGGGGGGGUUGGUUGUCCACAAAAUACAUAAUGUAUAUGUCUAUUUUGUAUUUUUUAAAGUUGCUAUGUUCAGGACAAAUGUUUGUGUAUUGAUUGUCAUGUUAAUAAAUACACUUUUAUUUAUGA